AUGGAAUCAAAAACUGUAAAGUAUGAAAAUUUCACUGAAAUGUUUUUGAAAGAUGAUGACGCUGUGAUAAAUCGCAUGGCGAUUUUAGCAGCCAAAAUUGCAUACUUUAAUUUCGAAUGGCGUUAUGUUACCCUUGUGUUAUUUACCACGAUUCAGACUGCGGCGAUAAGUUCAUUUGUAACAAACUACAAUAAAACUGUGGCCCUCAAUACAGGCCAAUUUAAACUGCAUUAUCGUCGCCACAUACAGCAAUUCGUAAUUUUCAGCGACGAUUUUUCUGACAUAUGCAACAUACUGAAUAUGCUUGUCACAUCCAAAUAUAAUUCUAACGGUAAGAUUAUAAUUAUUUGUGCUCAAGAUAAAUGUGACGAAGACCAAGUGUUUAAAACCUUGAUGAAAUCAGUUAUGAUUAACGUAAUAUACUUGAAACCGUCAAUUGUAUAUCGCGAAGAACCUUCGGUAUACUGGUAUAGAAUAGUUCGUCCGGGAAAAUGUUUCAGCAGUAAACCUGAAAGGUUGGACGUCAAUAUAAAUUGUGAAAACAAUGCGUGCUUCAAGAAUCUUUUUCCAGAAAAGUUAUCAAAUUUUUACGGAUGCUCGUUAUUCAUUGCAACUUUUCAACAACCUCCGUUUAUGUACCUUGCAAACGACACAAAGAAAAUAUCGGGUAAAGACGGAAAUCUAGCGAAACUUAUUGCUGACGUCUUAAAUGCGUCGCUUGUCAUCAGGGUACCAAAAGAACACGAGUGGGGACAAUAUAAGAAUAAAAACUGGACAGGGUGUUUGGGUGAAAUCUUUAAAACUCGAGUUCAUUUUGCUAUGUGCAAUGCUCCCCUAACAUCAAACCUUUAUGGCAAUUUUCAAGUUUCGUAUCCAUAUUAUUAUAUGGAAGUUGUUUGGACUGCGAAAGUACCGCCUCUAGUACCCUCCUGGCAAAAAAUAUUGCAACCUUUUAAUCUUCCCCUAAAAUUUACUAUACUGUCCCUUUUUCUUGGUAUAAUUUUGUUGAAUAUGCUUGGGAAAACAAAAAUUUUUAAUAAUAUAAGGCGCGUUUGUAAUAUAACGCCGCCUAAACGUAAUUCUCUCUUUUACGCAUGGCUUUUGUUUCUUGGAUUACCUUUAGAGAAAUUCUCAUCCAGAAAACAUUUUAAAAUCAUCAUUUUGGCUUGGAUUUGGUUUAGUUUUGUUAUACGAUGUGCAUACCAGGUUACUCUCGUCACUAGUUUGAAAAGCAUAACCUAUAAUUAUAACUUGCGUUAUGAUAGCGACAUAUUGAAGUACCCAUUUGGAGGAAUGUCAUCAAUAAGAGAUUACUUCAUCGAAGACAAAGAUUUCUAUGAAAAUUGGACUUCGGUAGACAUGCAAAAGGCUUACAAACUUUUAGAUGAAAUAAUGGAAGAGAAAACUGAUUUUGUGCUAGCUUUAAAUAAAGAUACAAUAUUACAUCAUGCUGCUGAACAUAUUGGAUCAAAACGGAUACAAGUUAUUGAUAAUUGCAUUGUAAAAAGUCCGAUAGUAUUGUAUUUUAGAAAACAUUCGCCGAUGACAGAUCCAAUAGCCAAGAUAAUGAACGCAGCAUUAGAGUGUGGCUUCAUUCAAUAUUCGUAUCAGACGAACUGGAAGCGGCAAGAACACCUUUUGAAUUCUCACUAUGCUUACAAUCUACAACCUCUGACACUGGAUAAUUUUAGUGGUUGUUUUUCGUUAUUGAUUAUCGGAUACGGAAUAUCAAUAUUAUAUUUCGCUCUAGAGGUAAUAUGUCACAAAAUUGAUAAAACAAAUCAGAGAAUUGAUCUUCUAGUUGAUCAAGAAUGA